AUGGCAAAGAAUCGAGUUGCGCCUAUCAAGACUAUAACUUUACCAAAACUAGAACUUAUGGGGGCUGUAAUUGGAGCAAGACUUGCUGAUCAUAUCUGCAAAAACUUUCCAGAUACUUUCAGUGAAAUACAAUUUUGGAGUGAUAGUCAAAUCGUACUUAGUUGGCUUUCAUCCGUAAAACCACAGAGACAAUUUAUCAAAAACAGAAUUGAAGAAAUUAAAAGUUUGUGUGGAGAUAAUGUAUGGAGAUACUGCCCUACGAAAGACAAUCCCGCAGAUCUACUUACACGUGGUAUAACAUCUGAAGAACUGCAACAGAACGAAAUAUGGUUUAGUGGACCUAAAUGGUUACACAGCAAAGAAGAUUGGCCGACAUGGAACGGAAAUAACGUAACGUCUAGUGUAUGUACAACUAUGUCGGAGAACGAUGACAAAAUUGAGUCAAUGGAGAAAAAUCAAAAUGUAUGUAUUGGUAUAGGAGAAAUCAUAGAUAUUGAACGGUACAAUUCUUAUAGAAAACUAACCCGCAUUACCGCAUAUGUAAUGAGAUUCGCAACAAACUGCAGAGCAACGGAAACCGAACGAAAGAAAGAUUUGUUACGUAGUGAUGAAAUUGAAAAUGCAAAAUUCCUAUGGAUAAGAUAUACACAAGGUAAAAUAUUUAGUGACGAAAUAAAUUGUAUAGAUAAUUCUACAAAACGUAAAACACUUGUGCAACAAUUAAAGCUCUUUCUAGACGAAAAGCAAUGUUUACGAAGUGGUGGCCGCCGAAUAGACAAUGCGACAGUAGGAGAAACAGUCAAGUUUCCAUAUCUGUUACCGGCAAAGGACCGUCUCACACAUUUGAUAGUGUUAGAAGCACAUGAUAAUACACUACAUUCAGGAAUAAAUAUCACUCUAGCAUACAUACAACAAACAUUUUGGAUUCCGAAAUUAAGACAGUGCGUCAAAUCUAUAUUGAUGAAAUGUGUAACGUGCCGAAAAGUAAUCGGAAAAUAUUAUCCCGCACCAGAAAAUCCACCAUUACCAAAAGAGAGAGUUCAAGAUGCCACACCCUUUAGCAUAACCGGUGUAGACUUCACAGGUGCGCUAACGACAAGAAACAGACACAACGAAGAAUCGAAGGUUUACAUUUGCCUAUUUACAUGUGCUGUCACUCGAGCCGUACAUUUGGAAUUAGUUUACGAUCUCAGCGAAGAAUCUUUUUUAUUGUGUUUCCGGAGACUUGUAAGUCGACGAUCAGUGCCGAAAAUAAUGAUGUCAGAUAAUGCGCUAACAUUUAAAGCUGCUUCAAACGAAAUUUCACGACUUUGCAAUUCUAGAAAAGUUAAAGAAAAUAUUCAGAAUUAUGGCAUUAAAAUUGAAUCGAAGUUCAUCCCAAAAUAG